UUGAACUACCACUAACAAUAAAAGCCAAUCUUCCCUCCCUUUCCCCUCUCAUGGUAAAGGCACAUAGCCUAUUUCCUCUUGCACUCAAAUGGCUCCGACUCUUAGCAUCAAGACCCUCCUUCUACUCUCCCUUUUACUCCUCAUUCCCUUUUCUUCAGGCAUGGUUGAAGGCUUCAGGGAAGGCAUGAACCCAAAUCACUCACUUCACAAGGAUGUGUUCCAAAUGAUCAAUACCAGGAAGCUUUUGAUGAAUAUGCUAGAUUAUGAUGACACAGGACCAAACACUAAGCAUGAUCCCAGGAAGAAAGGAGGCAAGCCUUAACUGAAUUAUUGUCAUUAUAUAUAAAUUAUUAAUAUAUAAGAUAUAAUCUAUCUCUUCUCUUUCUCUCUCAGAGGUUUUUACCAUGUAUGAGGAGAUGUUCCAUUUUAUUUCGAAAUGAGUUUCUUUAGUAUAAUUAUUAAUACUAACGUAUAUCCCUAUUUGUGAGGGGUCUAGUUUAUAAGGUGGUUCAGAAGAUGCGUUUUGCAUCAUUACUACUCAUUCCAUGUUGGUGUUUAUGUUGGCUAUUGCCUAUCUUUGUAUGUCAAUAAUAAAUGAGGCUUUCUCUAUUUA